GUUUUCCAUCUAGUCCCCGGAUGUUAGCAGAGGCGCUUGGGUUGGCCUCCGCCUGGGCCGGUCGCUUCUGCCAUCACGUCCCUGCUACUUCCAUGGGACUACCUCAGGGACCAGGAGCUUCCUAAUCAUAAUCUUUACCAGAGGCCUUGUUGUCAUCUCGCACUCCGUAGCCAUCUGGUGUCAUCUUGGCCGUUGCAGUCUGAGUAGUCAUUAUCAUCAUUAUCCCAGGUCAGUCAAGGCCUUGUUGAGGUAUCUACUAGUGUCAUGUCGACCAGAGGGCGUCGAGAUCCAACCAGAGAGAGCCGAGACAACCCAGUAACUCUUGAGGGAGAGUGGGUACUGGAAGCUGCAGAGGGCGGCGCGGUAGGCCUAGAUGGGUCCUCUGCCACACUUGAAGCUGAAGAAGUAGUGGUAGAUUGUCAUAGAGAGGUGGAGGAUGUUGGGCCCGAAAGAAACCCGGAGCAGGAGGGUGACAGGAGAGAGAGUGUGAAUGUUGAGGAAGACUCGGAUAUUGAAGCUGUUGAGGAAGAGGAAGAUGACCAGCACCAGGAAAGUGAUUUAGCAAAUCAAAACGUGGUGGAUGCCCAUCAUUUCCCAAUGGCUGGCUUCCGGUUUAUGUUUCUGGAUCUGGUCCAUGCCAUUCUCAAUCGUGUCUAUUACAACGACCACAUCCUGGUUAGAGACCCCCGAGAAAACCAAGUGAUGGGCUCAUCUAACACUUCUGAAUCUGGCCACCCACGUGAGCUCCAAGUACCACCCGGGCCCAUCCCAUCAACAGUGAGGGCCUCAGAGUAUGAGCAUCAGGGCUCCGACCUUCCGGAGGUUAUCUCCACAUUUCCAGAGCUGGAAGAGCCUGCUGACUUCGAGGAAGAUUACCUGCAGGAGCCAGCAUUUAGGGCAGCCGGACAAGCAGUGGAAGAGGUGGCAGAAGAGGCAGCAGCAGAAGAGCCAGCAAAGGAAAUCAUAGGGCAAGCCAUGACUUCUGAAGGUGAAAACCAUUGUGCUAGACAGUAUAAAGAUGACAACAUAGUUGAUGAGGAAGAAGAGGAAGAGGAAGAAGAAAUGAAAAAUGAAGGCUUUGAGAAAAUGGAUUCAGAUGCAGAAGACUACUGCACCAACAAAUUCAGGUCUCUGUGUAUAGCUUUGAGUAUCAAUCACCUUCCCUAUAGCUAUUUAUCAGCUUUUUCUUUUUAAAUUCUAAUUAAUUAAUUGAGGAAAGCUUUACUUUGAAUUCAAACAAAAUUCAAUUUAACUUUCUUAGAAUGUGACUAAAAUAUUCAUGUACCUACUAAUCUAAAACGUGGUGUGUCCUUUGUGGCUGUCCCUCACUUAUUCUGAGGUCUUUUGUCCAUGAUGUAAGACUAAUAACAAGUAGUAAAUAUAUUAGACUUUAUACUUGCAUCAGAUCUAGAUGAAUAUGUGUUUAAAGAACAAUUGUCUAAAGUAACAGUGGUGAUGGCUGGGCCAGGCACUAAUUAAGUCCCCAGGGCUUGGCCACAGUUAUGCAUAUUUCCUCUAUUCUAAGUAGGAAACAAUGCUUUUAAGGUCCCUAUGGACAAAUAGUAAAAAUGUUAGGCACUUUAAGUAGGAGGAUUUUUUCAAUGGUUAACACCUAACUAUUCAUUUAGCUGUGGAUUUUUAUAUUUUAUACCAGUCAAAAGAAAUUUAGUUCUAAUAUGAACAUUUAGCACACCAAAUUGAUAAUUAAAAUUUAAGGACUAUCUCUUUAAAUUAAUUUUUCUUCUCUUUUAUUUUCACAGCUGAGUGAUCCAUAAAAUAUGUGGAGGUAAAGGUCUGGGAGGGUAAGGAAGCAUUAUUGGUGGAAUUAACACUGGCUUUUAUAGUUCAAUGACUUUCUUUACAUGCCAACAGAGCCUUUCAAGCAGAAUACAAGACUGGGGUUUUGCUCCAUGGAGUAGAGUGUGGGGUUGACAUUUGCAGGGCUCUGAGUUCAAAUUUCAGGAGCUGACCACAUGCUUGUGUCUGUCUGUCUGUCUGUCUGUCUGUCUGUCUGUCUGUCUGUCUCUCUCUCUCUCUCUCUCUCUGUCUCUCUCUCUCUCUCUCUCUCUCUCUGUGUGUGUGUGUGUGUGUGUGUGUGUGUGUGUGUGUAGGACAGACUAAUAGCCAAAAAGUUGGUGUAAUCAGAUGAUCAGUUGCAUAAGUACCCUGAGAGCCAUGGGUUUGAUUCAUAAGAAGAAAGCAUGUGUUCUUUUAUAAUUAUUGAGAUAUAGCACAAACGCAGCAGGCAUUCAGAAAGGCUGGUUGUUUUCUUAAAUAUAAGAGCCAAAUUAAUCUUGCAUAAUUCUUCAUUUUCUCUUCUAGUUAAGAAGAAUAGGAAGAAAAGGAUGAAGAAAGAAGGUUUAAUGAAGUUCACCAAAUGUAGACUUUCCACUUCUUAGAAGCCCAACAAAGUUUCAACAAUGACUUCAUCCUAAAGUUCAUUAUCCAAUAGCAAAAAUCCCUCCUUCUACAUUUAACAUGGUUCGUUCAAGUUCUAAAUGAAACAAUGUCAUGUAAUAAAAUAAAACACAGGCAUGAUUUGGAAACAA